CUAACAAUCAAACAACACUAUUCCAUUUUCAUUCAUUCCCACAAAACACACAAAACAAACACAUUUUCAUUUUUCUUUCUCUUUCUUUCUUCAACCUCCCGCUCUCCUCUCUAUCAACUCAAAUCUCUUCUCCCGAUCUGGCUUUUCCCACCCUACGUCGCAGUAUCUUCGUUUCCAGGUUUCCUCUAUACCCUUUAUUCUCUUAAUUUAUUUUUUAUGAGUUUAUCGAGUCUGUGAUGAUAAAUGGUGAGCCCUCCGAUUCAUUUCUCCUAUUGCGGGAUCAGAUAUCGGACGACGGUGAUGCGUGCUCUUCUCGAUACUCUUCCUGUGGUGAGUCCGAGUUCGACCGCUACUGUAGCGCUAAUUCGGUAAUGGGUACGCCCAGUAUGUGUAGUACUGUCACCGUUUUUAACGAUUUUGGGGAAUCUGAAUUUGGGUCUUCGAGGAAUUUGGGGUUUGGGGAAGAAGAGAGUGGCGGUUUGGAGAAUUUUAGCUUGGGGGGCAAAGUGGAGAACGGGCGCGAGGAGAUUAAGAGUUUAGUAGGUGAUAGAAAAAUCGAGUUUUGUAAUGUGAAUUCUAUGAAUUAUAGCUCUAGUGGGUUACAAUUGUAUGGUGGUGAUGAGUUUGAUCUUGGUGCUCCCGCUGUGAAUGAAUUAAUGUCUUGGAAGGUUGAGGAGGGCGAGUCUUCUUCAGCUUUGGAAGGGUUAGCAGAAUUCGAAGAUGAUUUGGUUAAAGGUGAUUGUGGAGAAACUUCGAUACCAAAGAGUAGCUUUGAGGAAAUUGGAGUUGCUGGAGAUGAUAGUGCUGAACAAAUAUGUACCCAAGAAACAAAUUAUUCAGUUUCGGGUGGAAGUGGUUCUCGAAUUUCAGGGGAGGUUGAGAAAUGUUGUUUAGAUCCCAUUGCUAGUGGAAAAAAUGAGAGUGGCUUUGAUGGGUUAAAACCAGAGACUCUUUGCUCUGAUGAUAUAAAGGAGAGGGAGAUACAAGACGAUAGUGCUUCUUCAAGAAAUGAGUAUUCUGAGGGUGAGGAUUCCAUGUACAACUAUGGUACAGAUGAUGAGGAUAAAUCUGGAUACAAUUACCAGAGGAACGAGCUUUAUAGGCAGGAAGCAAAAAUGAAGAAUGAAAAUCCAUUGCAAAUUAACUCAUCUGUAGCCUUUGGUUCUGAUGAUUGGGAUGAUUUUGUGCAAGAAAGUGGGGGAACUCAGAAGACUUCAGAUCUUUUCACCAUGAGUGCUUCACAAAACCUGGCAGAAAACAAUAAUGAAACCAAAAGGGAACUUUUGGAUUAUAGUCCUGCGACCUCUGUUGGGUUUUCAAUUGAUCGUCAAACAGAGAAAGGAAAAAAUCUAACAGAGAUGCCCGUCCCCAGCAAUCAAGCUAAAGGUGACUAUACAUUGGAUGAUAUUGUAAAUAAUUCUGAGGGCCCAGCUCAUUCUCUAAAUUUUAGUGAACUAGAAGAUGUGAAGGAUAUUUCUGUAGCCAGUUGUCAAGUUCAAGGUAGCCAUGAUUUGUUUGAAGUUUCCAAAAGUUCGUUUACCACACCACCUUCUCUCUCAAAGAGUCAUGAAACAGAGCAAGAAAAAGCAAGUCUUGUUUCUUGCACCAUCGAUCAAGUUCGAGGUGUUGAUGAAAUGCCAAACGAACCUAAGAAUUCUGGGCUUGAUCCUCUAGAGGAAAAUCUUGCUGUGAAAACUUGUUUUAGCAAUACGAAUGAUGAUAUGUCACAGAAGAACCAAAAUGCUAGUAUUGUGGAGAGCAUAAACAUUAAUGAUAGCCGAAUUUUAGAAAAUCAAGCUCUCGGGAACUCAAAAAUAAAAUUGGACCAUCUUGAUGACAAUUCAGCUAAACUAAGUUCUCUUUCAACCGUGCCAUCGAGAAAUAUGAAGUCAGAUUUUUUCAAAGAUUAUAAGCCAAAGACAGACCUAUCAAGUUUCGGUAACGAUGCAAGGAAAAGUUUUCCUGUUUUGAAAUCUGUUGGAACUCAUCCUGCAGUGGUAAAGACAAAUGAUAUAGAGCUCAAGGAUUCUUAUGAUGAUGUUGUCCUUGAAAUGGAGGAAAUUUUACUGGACUCUAGCGAGUCUCCAGGGGCUUGGUUUCCUCAUAGUAACAGGGGAUUCCAAUCACAUCUAUCUCUGCCCUUAAGAGACGGUGGAUCCUCUGCUUCCACUUCUGGCAAGGAGGAUGCUCACCCAUUCAUUCAGCAGCCACUGAGAAUUGAUGAGAUUGAAGUGGUAGGUGCAAGGCAAAAGAAAGGGGAUGUUUCAUUUAGUGAAAGACUAGUUGGAGUGAAAGAAUACACUGUAUAUAAAAUAAGAGUAUUGAGUGGCAAGGAUCAAUGGGAGGUCGAACGGAGAUAUCGAGAUUUCUUUACCCUGUAUCGCCGGCUGAAAACAUUAUGCGCUAGCCAGGGUUGGAUUCUACCUUCUAUCUGGGCCUCUGUUGAGAAGGAAUCAAGAAAGAUUUUUGGAAAUGCAUCUCCCGAUGUAGUUUCAGAGAGGAGUAUUCUCAUUCAGGAAUGUUUGCAUUCUAUUAUUCAUCCGAAGUUUUUUAAUACAUCUCCAAGCGCGUUGAUUUGGUUUUUGUGUCCUCAAGAUUCAGUUCCCAGUUCCCCUGGAUCACAUAUGAUGGCUCCUCAGUCUAACUCUACAGGAAAUAGAGAAAACAUCUCCACAUUAGGGAAGACGAUAGCACUUAUUGUUGAAAUCCAACCAUACAAAUCUAUGAAGCAGAUGCUAGAAGCACAGCAUUAUACUUGUGCUGGGUGCUACAAACAUUUUGAUGAUGGAAAGACACUUAUCCGAGACUUUGCACAGACAUUUGGAUGGGGGAAACCUAGACUCUGUGAAUACACCAGUCAAUUAUUUUGCUCAUUUUGCCAUACAAAUGAAACUGCGGUUUUACCAGCAAGAGUACUGCAUAAUUGGGAUUUUACGGAAUAUCCAGUCUCUCAGUUGGCUAAAUCAUAUUUGGAUUCUAUACAUGAUCAGCCCAUGCUUUGUGUCAGUGCAGUCAAUCCAUUCCUAUUCUCAAAGGUCCCAGCUCUGCAUCACGUUAUGGGUAUUAGAAGAAAAAUAGGAACUAUACUUUCAUAUGUCCGCUGCUCAUUCAAAGGGUCUAUCAAUAAAGGACUUGGAUCUCGAAGAUAUCUUCUUGAAAGCAAUGAUUUUUUUGCUCUCAGAGACCUUAUUGAUCUUUCAAAAGGGGCGUUUGCUGUGCUACCUGUGAUGGUGGAAACUGUCUUGAAGAAAAUUCUAGCGCACAUAACAGAGCAGUGCCUCGUAUGCUGUGAUGCGGGAGUCCCAUGUAGUGCUCGGCAAGCUUGCAGUGACCCGUCUUCUCUGAUUUUCCCUUUCCAGCAGGAAGGUGAUGUCGAAAAAUGUCCCUCAUGUGAAUCAGUAUUCCACAAACAUUGCUUCAAAAAGCUCACAGAUUGCCCUUGUGGAGCACAUCUCAGGAUUGAUGACACAAGGCCACUGACUAAGAGAGUAAGCCGUAGUAGGGCCAGUGGUGAAAGCAGUGGAGCUUUAGACCUUCUCGGUAAGGGACUAAGCUCUGGUUUGAAUGUUGGAUUUCUCUCUGGUUUGUUUACAAAAACAAAGCCAGACAACUUGGGAGUGCAUAAAAAUAGUGACAAUGUCAUAUUGAUGGGUUCUAUGCCAAGCACUUCAUUGUGAUAGCUUUCAUUGCCAUUGUAUCAUAUUUUUGUUUUUUUGUUUUGGCCUGAAAUGAAACAUGAACAUUCGUUUCUUGUAAUAUUUUCUGAAUAAUUAGGCACUAGCCUAGCCAAGGCAAACUCUGUACAGCCCAGUAUCCUUAGAGAUUUAGGAGGUUUUUUUAGUACCCUUUAGUGGUCAUUCUUUGGAACAUACAAAGAUAUAAAGUUUGCCUUCUUGUAAUUCAUUCUCUCGAUUGUACUUGUAUAAAUUCUUUGGCCAUUAUAAAAGUUAUCAAAACCAUCAAUAUGUAGGAAGAGCCAGCACUCUUGCUUCUU